GAUGCCGUUCAGCUGUUUGAAAGAUAUGGAAAGAGCCAUAAACGCGGCUCUAAAUCAAGCUCUAAUCUAUGAAAGAAGUUCAAAAUGGGAAAAGGUCGUCCAAAGUUACAGGCGACUACUCAGGAUGCUUUAUGAUAUUCCUAUUGAAAUUCAACCGGACUUUAUGAAAACUUUGCUCUACGAAUGUGAAUAUCAUCUUGGAGUAGCAUUACAGAAUGGAGGAGAGCACCUAAAAUCUUUGAAGCACUUUACUAAUUCCAUUCAUGCUAUUUUCUUACCGAAGAAUGGUUGUGCGGCUGGUUGUGGUGCCAAUUCUUGUUUAAUUACACCGCUCUAUGCUAGGAGAGCUACAGCUUAUGCAAAAUUAAAUGACAUUCGUUCGGCUUUAAAAGAUGCUGAAAGAGCAGUUGUUUUAGACUGUUGUAACCCAGAUGUUUAUUGCGUUCGAGCAAUGGUUCACGCUUCAAAAGAUGAAUUCUCAAGAUCUGUAAGAGAUAUAAAUAUGGCUUUGAAGUACGAUUCGAAGCAUCUUUGCGCUUUAAUGUUAAAAGGCGCGCUUAAAAAGAGAAAUAUGAUGUCUGACUCAUCAGACGAUUCUGAACAUCGAUUGGCUUUGAAUAUUAACCCUGAUGCCAGUCGAUUUUUUAACGUUUGCAGUUUCAAGCAUAAGGAUGCAAUGGCAUUUUUCGAAAAAUUUCUAUACGCCUUAGGCGUUCCACAUACAAUUAGUAAAGUUCAAUUUGACGACGAUGUAGCACUAGAUUUCGGAAAGCGUCGAGUUCAAUCAGCCGAUUCUUACGAAAGUCCAAUGAAGUUCCAGCAACCAAAGCCUGUCCUAAUACAGCCUGUGAGAUGCGGAACUUUUACCGACUUCAGAGAUGGUAGUGAAAAAACAAGAAGGCGUUACCAAUAUGGUGAAGCCGUACGACAGUGCACCAUGAAACCGAAAACGGCCGAACAAUUUCUAGAUAUGUUGGAGAAAGCGUCGACUGUAAGCUCAAUGAAGUACAGUUUUGGGUCUACGUCGUCAAAUCGUUCUGUAAUCAGCGCAUUUGAACGCUCCGUUAAUCUUGAUGAUAUCCCUCGCAUGUAUUCCAAACCUUGGAGUGGGGAUGCUCUUCCUGCCGGUGAAAAAGUGACUAGGCCAGACUCAAUUAGAAUACCAUUUAAAACUUGA